AUGCCUGGCGAUGAUUCACCACUCACUUUCAAUGGCAGUCUGACAUUCACACCGAUGAACAGUUUCCUCUAUAAUCUCGAUCCAAAGAACCUUGCUCUCCACGGAAUACAUAAUCGUUUGACUCACUUGGUCGUUAAUUUCCCGAUAAUGGUAGGACCAUUAGUCAUCAUAUUGUUUUUGGAAGUUAUUCAAGUGGGAACAGCAUUGUUUUCCACCAAUAGUCAUCAUCAUACUCAUCACCACCACCACCACCAUCACCACAAGUCCAACUCUAAUCAAAAUCAGUCAAAUGCAGUAGCCGAUAUUCUACCACUGAAAACCAGAGCAUUACUUCUAUCGGUUAUUGUGUUUGGUUUGUUCCUCCUCUCGAUGGCACCACACCAAGAAGCAAGGUUCUUGCUACCCUUCUCGCUGACGCAUUCCGUUCUGCACUCACAGGCACAACAACCACAAGAUCUGCCAGUCAGUGUAAUUUACUUUAAGACAUACAUGCCACCCGAACAUCUCAUGACGAUUCCACUCAAUUCAACACGAUCGAUCAGCGUCAUCGAUCCACGAGGUGAUCUCGAUAGUCUUACACAGAUCAUGAGCACACUUCACAACUCUGAAAUACUCAUCCUCUCAUCACAGAAAAAGAUACUCUACCAGCAAUAUAAAGGUAAAACCUGUCAACUUAUCGAAUCGUUUUGGCCUCAUCUCUCAACCGAGAAUCCACCAGACACCAUCGAUGAAAUGAGGUUAUAUUUAUUUUCAUGUCAUGAUUGGAGUGAAUAA